GAGGAGGUUGAGGGUGAGAGGGAGGAGUCACGGACUCCUCAUGAAAGGCCCUUCCUCCAGUCCCAGCCGCGCCUGUAGCAGAACCAUCCCGGAUGAGUGGCAGACUAGCCUCUGCUUGAACACUUCCAGUGACGGGGAGCUCACUACCUGACAGGCGGCUCGCUCCUCCCCGGAGACAAGUUAGGAUGGCUUUCUUUUCCCCUCCCCCUCCCACGGACGGGCCUCGCCCGGCCGGGGGCUGCGGGGCUCCCACUCUGAGGCAGGGUCAGUCUCCGCUCCCAGCACCGCCUCCUUCCCGGCCCACCCACUUCCAAGGACCACCCCGGGAGCGGCCCCAGGGGGCUUCCUGGAACCUUCGGCCGCUGCCUAAAUUUUUACCUCCUCUGAAAGAGCGGGUCCAUCGCCUCCAAACAAAGCGUAACCAUGCCAACGACCAACCUCGGGUGGCCUGGGCGGGACUUGGACGACAGGGGCUGCCGGGGCUCAAAAUACUACGAGUUCGCUUUUGUUUUGUGAAGGGAUGAUACAGGAUCGGGAUGGGAGCUGAGGUGCCGCUGAAAGUAGAAACAAAGGGCCCAUCUCUGCAGUACAGCUGGACCUGGCAUUUCUAAUCAGCUGAGGUUCCCUCAGUCUUCCUGGACUUAGAACCCUGGCUCUGCAUGAAGUUCACUAUGGGAGGGGAGCAGGCAAUUUCUGUGGUUCCUUCUGAGGCUCCAGUCAAACUCAGGUUGCCCCAGGGUUCCUCAUUUGCUGUGUCUGUGAAGCUAGCCCAGAGGUGUUUGCACUUCACAUUGGUUAAUCCCCAUUCUAAAGUCUUUAUUUGGGUCAUUUCAGGAGAACCUCUGUUCUGCCCAAGUCUUCUUUGUAUUUUACCAGUCUAUGUUCUCUCUGAUGUGCAAAUAUGUUCUGUUUCUGGAGGAAAUCUGGAGAACUUCAAAUUUACUGAACUAAUUUGCCAUCUUCCCCAGUCCUCUACUACAUCAUUUUUUUUUUCAAUUAUGUCUUUUCCAUUGACAUUGUUGUACUAGUAAAUAUUGCUUCUUUGUUCUGGUUAUUUCAUUUGUCAAUCAAGUUGUGUCUUUCUAUAUAUUUCUCUUCAUCUUAAUUGUUGUCUCUUAUAAUAAUAGUAAAAUUUCAUGACAUUCACAUGGUCUAAUUUGUUUAACUAUUCCCCAGUCUAUGGUCAUCUACUUUGUUUCUAAUUCUUCGCUAUGUGUUUCUAUAAAUAAAAUAUACAUCCUUUCUUUUGGCCAAUAAAUAGCUUCCUUGGAGUAUAUGUAUGCCUAAUAGUAGAAUCUCUGAGUGGAAGGAUAUAGAAUUUUAGGCCUUUUAUUGAUCUAAUUCUAAAUUCUUUCUAAAUUGUAAUAAUUAUUGAGCUCCAUUAACAAUGUGUUACUAUGUCUGGCUUUCUAGAACUCCUCUAACUUCUUGAACAUUCUCAUAUUUUUGUUAUCUUUAUCAAAUUAUUCAUCCAACUAUUAUUAACCAAGUCAUGAGAUCAUCAUGUGCAAUACCCAAAGAAUAUUUACUCUCUAGACAGAGAAACAGCUAGGGUUGGAUGUCUUCACUUGUGUGACAUUAAGAAAUCUCUGAAUUUGUUUGAAUUUCAAUUUUCCCAGCUGUCAAGUGAGGGACUUGGAACACUAAAAUCAAUUUCAAUUCAACAAGUCUUUUUUUUUUUUUUUAAUGCGAUUUUAUUAAUGUCUCUUAUUUUUUACCUGCAUUGAUAAAGGGAGUUUCUUCACCUAGAAAUUUCUUUACCAUGAUUUUCAAAGCCUAGUGGAGGUCCCCAUGACCCUUUUGGGGAUCCAUUAUGUAAAAGCUAUUUUCAUAAUACUAAGGCAUUAUUUAUCAAGAUUUUUGAACUACAUGUCUGUUGGAGGUUGGAUUUUCUUUUGAUAUUUCAACUAAAACAAUAUAUCACAACAAGUUGAAUGCAGAAGCAGA